AUGGGAAGUUGCUAGGUGAAUUGCUGUGCCAAUAAAGCUGGUGAAAUAGUAUCCAAGGACACGAAAAAGAAUGAAGUUGAUUUAGACGAUCCUGACCAAAAUGACUAUGAUGACAAAGAAAAUAGUGUGUCAUCAGUUCAUUAAUAAUAACAAUAGGCUUAGGAAACACCAAGACAAAAUAAUAAAGAAAGAGAAAAGUUUUAAGUUGAUAAUGAAAGCAUGUCUAUGAGAAAAAAUUUGGAACCCUAAUCUGUCAAAGAGGUAAGUAUAACUUAUCUAAAUUGCACUGAAAGACAAAAGUUUGAUCCAAUCUAAUUAGAUAAAGGAGCCAUUUAUGAAGGAGAAUGGUUAUUAGGAAAGAGGGAUGGAAAUGGCAAACAAUAGUGGCCAGAUGGUUCAUGUUAUGAAGGAUAAUGGAAGGACGAUAAAAGUUGUGGUUGGGGUAAAUUGAUUCAUGCAGAUGGAGAUGUAUACGAAGGAGAAUGGUAAAACGAUAAAGCAAAUGGCAAAGGAGUAUAUGUUCAUAUUAAUGGGGCUAGAUAUGAGGGAGAUUGGGUUGACGAUAGAUAAGAUGGUAUAGGAAUUGAAGUUUGGCCUGAUGGGGCUAAGUAUGAGGGAGAAUAUCGAACAGGUAAGAAAAAUGGUAAAGGGAUUCUACUAUUUGCUGAUGGUUCAAGAUAUGAAGGCACUUUUGUUGAUAAUGAAAUCGAUGGAUAAGGGACGUAUUAAUGGCCGGAUUAAAGAAUUUACACAGGAUAAUGGAGAAGAAAUAAAAUGCAUGGUCAUGGAUAAGUAACUUGGCCAGAUGGCAGAAAAUAUAUUGGAGAAUACUUUGAAGAUAAGAAACAUGGUAGAGGUUCGUUUGAAUGGGGAGAUGGAAGAAAGUAUGAAGGAAUUUGGGUUAAUGGCAAGUAAUAAGGAAUUGGUGUUUAUUAUAUGUCUAAUGGGGAAAAGAAAUAUGGAGAGUGGAAGGAUGGAAUAAAAAAAAGAUGGUUAGAGGCAGAAGAAAUAGAAUAAUAUCUUUAAUAAAAUUCUUAGAAUCAAAAAUAACAAUGA